AUGUUCAUGUACACAGUCUGCAUAUCCCAAAGGAGCGGCGGCUUCUACAAGAUCGACCUCACCCUGGAGCCCCCCUCCGACGAUGGCGCCAUGUAUGUGGCCAUCAGUGACUGGGAAGUGACGAUCACUCCCAGUCGGCCCAGCUUUCCGGCGAUCAGCUUCACCGAGUCGCCAUUCUUUCAGAGCAAGAAGCAAAACAUCGAGGGCUUUGCCUGCGGCACCACCUACACCAUCGCCACCCGAGCCAAGAACUACGCAGGCUUCUGGUCGGAGCUCAGCUAUUACAACUACACGACCCCAGCCUGCCCAUCCAACCCCGAGUGCACAUACGACCUGGCCACUGCCACCGGCAACACCACCUCGCGUGCGGUCGGUCCCAUCGCCUCUAUCUCGCCCCCCAACUGCCCCACCCUGCUCCUCACCAACCCAGUGUCCACGAACGACGGCUGCUCCGAGGACCCUGCACUGCUCGUCAAUGCAGCGGGCGUGGCACUCUCGGCGACCUCGGCCUGCGUGCCAGCAGCCGGGCGGGCCAACGGCCUCACUCUGGCAGCAGCCCCCGGCUCGGAGGCCGUCACCAUGCGCUCCUUUCAGGUCGGCGCCUCGAGGCUCCGAGGCCCCGAGGCCCUCGAGGCCCCGAGCUCGGGCCCCACCCUCGUCCUGGGAGCGCAGAUCACGUGGGCCUUCGUGGAUGUGGACAGCGGCGAUGUUGCCACUGCCACCAUUCCCGCCGCCACUCUCGCCUCUGCAGAGCAGCGGCUGGAUGUCGUGUUUGACAGCGCACCCUCCCCCACCGUGCCCGUGACCGACGCCAGCGCCCUGCAAGUCGGCGUGGCAGCGGAUUUCGGGGUGGGCGGGGAUGGCGACGCGUGGCAGUCCAUCCGCUACCUGCGCACCUGGCUGCCUACUGACUGCACAUGGUCCAUGGUCUAUGCCAGACCCAGCACUCCCGUGUCGGGCGGCCAGCCAUACUGCUCGACAAUGGAGCUGGGAGGUCUGGACCGCGAGGGCUGCACCCCGCCCGACCCCGACGAGUUCUACUCCCUCUUUGCGGAGGCCAGCGACUCGGGAGUGAAGCUGACCCUCCACUCCGUCUGCAACUGGCAGUGGGGCAUCUACGGCGCAAAUGUGUACAGCCUGACGCCCUCUGGUAUCGAUAUGCUCAUCAGCAGCAUCGACGUCGGCGUUGUGGGCGCCAGCGUGGAUGUCGCCCGGCCAAUCAUGCUCAGCGUGGCUUCGGGCCAGCUCCCCCCCCAGAACUUUACCAUCCCCGCCAACACCCUGGCCAAGGGCCAGAGCUGCUGUGUCACCCAGCCCGUCGCGCUGAGCGGCGGGCUGCUGCUGCUGGAGGGGCAGCCCGCUUUCUUCAGGUGGUUUGCCGAGGUGGUGGACACCAAUGAAUUGGAGUCAUAUAUCCACCUCAAGGCGCUCAAGCCCUGA